AUGGCGUCUUUUUUACACGGGGAAUCACAAAGACCGCUGCACGGCGACGACCACGACAUAGGCAACAAAGAUGCCGUCGCCGGCAGGGCUUUAUGGGCUUUGGAGCAUGUUGGACAUCAUCGGAUAACGCCAGAGGAAGCGCGCACGAUCUUAUCUUGGGCAGCACAUGUUGCCUCACAAGGCGAUUUCCAAGCGGAGGAAGAAGGGCGAUUGAACUGCUUGGCUGAGAUGGUCAAGGAGGAUCUGACUUUAGAUCCUUCUUCUUGUCGGGAUGAUGUGAUGGGAUUCCUUUGGAUGCGAGUAUACUUCAUCGAGAUAUCGUUGAGGAAGAAACAUGGCAUUAUCUUGAUAUGUUUGGUGCUAUCGGUCUCGUCGGCGUCUCGGAGCGAGCGGCGAGAAGGCGGCAACAGGCGGGGUUCCGCCGGCGCCUGGCUGCGCCGUACUGGCGAGGGUGAUCACCUCUUCCAUCCGAUCCUUUCUCGAUCGAUGAUUCCAUUGAUACCGUUUCGCUCGCCCGAACCCCAAUCUGUCGCAUUUCCCGGGGUUCCGUCCUUUUCCUAUCAACAAGGGCAGGAUGGAUUGGUAUCCUCUUCAUCUAAGCUUGCUUACAAAGAUGCCACGAAAUACGGGUUCAAAGUCUCCGUAUCGGGAACUGGUAGCCGAACGUUGAAGAAACGGGAGCCAAAAAGGAGACUUGAAAUCCACACACCCCUCAACUCCUGGAAAAGAUGCCAGAUAGGUAGAGGAAGCAAAACAGAAACGAACAAGAUUAUUCGCAAAACCACACAAACUUCCGUCACAUCGUUACUUUUCCCUUGCCUGCCUGCCAGCCUGAACCAGCCCCGUCCAUCCAUCCAUCCCAAGAACCAGUCCGAUCCCCGGCAAAGAGGGAAAGAGAAACCGACAGACGGGGCCCUCUUCCGCCUAUUAUCAUCACCUGUCAUAUUCGCAUAUCGUUCCCCUCCUUACCCGUCCAUCCCCGCCCGGUUUACGUGUCUUGUCCUACUCUUCUGUAAAAAGGUCGAGAAAAGAUCCGAGCGUGACCUGGAAGGGACUGCAGCCUUUGCUGGUCCCGUUCGAAAUCUUUAA